AUGAGGCCGGGCAGCAACGAGCAGGCCAGAGGUUGCCGGCAGCUGGAGGGAGGAGGCCUGGAGUGGGCGGCAAGUUCAGCUGAGAGCCGGGAGCUGCUGAAAGGCAGCAGGCGGGAGAACCAGCCUGGAGAAUCUGGGGGCUUGCAGAGGGGUCAGGACGGUCCCAGAAGAUGUGCCAGAGACACCUUGAAGAGCCGGCCUGACCGCACAGCCGGGACUGUGGUGCAGCUGCUGCGUGUGAAGGAUGCUCGUGUCUUACUACGCUCCCGGAGCGCAGAUCGCUGCGAGGAGCCGGUGGAGGAGGUGGAUGAGGACGCGCUGUCGGUGGACCUGGACGCGGCCAUCGAGGGGCGCACAGGUGAGGGGGAGUUCCAACCCUUCUUCAGUGAGAAGACCUUUGGCGCCGGGGAGGCAGACUGUGGGCUGCGGCCUCUGUUCGAGAAGAAGUUGGUGAAGGACAAAACGGAACACGAGCUUCUGGAAUCCUACAUCGAUGGGCGCAUCGUGAAGGGUUGGGACGCGGAGGUUGGCCUUGCACCCUGGCAGGUGAUGCUUUUCCGGAAGAGUCCCCAGGAGCUGCUGUGUGGGGCCAGCCUCAUCAGUGACCGCUGGGUCCUCACUGCUGCCCACUGUCUCCUGUACCCACCUUGGGACAAGAACUUCACCGAGAAUGACCUUCUGGUGCGCAUCGGCAAGCACUCCCGCACUAGGUAUGAGCAAAGCAUUGAGAAGAUCUCCAUGCUGGAAAAGAUCUACAUCCACCCCAGGUACAACUGGAGGGAGAACCUGGACUGAGACAGAGCUCUGCUAAAACUCAAGAAGCCCGUCAUCUUCAGCGACUACAUCCACCCCGUGUGCCUGCCUGACAAGGGAACUGCAAUCAGACUGCUCCGCGCCGGAUACAAAGGUCGGGUGACCGGCUGGGGCAACCUGAAGGAGUUGUGGACAUACAGCGCCACCGAGGUGCAGCCCAGCGUCCUGCAAGUGGUGAACCUGCCCAUCGUGGAGCGGCCGGUGUGCAAGGCCUCCACGCGGAUCCGCAUCACCGACAACAUGUUCUGUGCCGGUUUCAAGCCCAAUGAAGGGAAAAGAGGGGACGCUUGUGAAGGUGACAGUCGGGGACCCUUUGUCAUGAAGAGCCCCUUUAACAACCGCUGGUAUCAAAUGGGCAUCGUCUCAUGGGGGGAAGGCUGUGACAGGGAUGGAAAAUAGGGCUUCUACACACAUGUGUUCCGCCUGAAGAAGUGGCUACAGAAGGUCAUCGAUCAGUCUGGAAGUUAGGGGGUGCUGUUCACUGCAAAAUCAUAGAAACCAAUCCAGCAGGAUUAUUUUUGUGGUUUGUUCCUAAAGCUAUAUGGUUCCAAUAAAAGUGGCUGUCAACAAGCAAAAAAAAAAAAAAAAAAAAAA